ACAAUUGCAACUCUAGAAAUGACAGCUUUUUAAAAAAAACUGCAAAGACGCCCACUCGCAAGCGCGCUUUCAUUUUAUUAAAUUCAUUAGAAGAUUUGGCAGAAGAAAUGCAGGAAUCCGGAACCCCGCAACGCGUUUUGCGCAACCCGCAAUCGGAGGAAGUAAAAAAAGGUUGUUCUCCACUUAAUAUACCCCCUUCGCCAUUCAUGAGAAAUUUGGGUUACGGAACCGGUGUUAAUGUGUACCGUUUGGAACGAUCAGGCCAAACUUGCUCGCCUUGGGCGGUGAAACGUGCUUCGCAUCGUAUUGAACAAUUAAAUCAAGAUAAAUACGCGACCUUAAAUAGUCGCAUUGUUAAAGAAGCUGAAAUUUUACGGCAAUUGCAACACCCAAAUAUCAUCGGUUUCAGGACAAUUACCAAGGAUUGCAAUGGCGUUGAUGCACUUGCCAUGGAGUGUUGUAAUACUUCUUUGGGUUUAAUUUUGGAAAGACGUUUUGAAGAAAGUGAAGGACCUUUACCUGCUAUUCAAACAAAAAAACUAAUUGAGGAUAUAGCCAAGGCAUUAGACUAUUUGCACACCGAAGCACGGCUCUUACAUGGAGACAUCAAGUCUUAUAACGUCUUAGUGAAGGGCGAGUUUGAGAUAUGCAAACUUUGCGAUUUUGGCGUUAGCUUGCCGUUAGAUGAAACUGGUCAUGUGGAUUUUACAAAGGAUUCUAAAUUAGAAUAUGUGGGCACCUUGUUGUGGUCUGCUCCAGAAACUUUUAAAGAUGGCAAAAUCGGCAGCAGCUGUGAUAUAUUUAGCUUUGGUUUGGUUAUCUAUGAGACUAUCGCUUUGGUCCCCCCACAUACCUUUGAAGUUGAACAAAAUGAAAUUGAAGAUUUAAAUAACGAGGAAAACUGUUCCAAUGCAUCUGAAUCAAAUGAUGAUACUGAGUUAGACGAAAGCAAUGUUUCUGAAAGUUUGGAAAACUCUUUAAGUGAUGAAUUGAUUUAUGGAACUAGGCCGCCUCUACCAGGAGCCUUCGACUUUAGUGAUGACUACAAUAUCAUUAUAGAACUUUUCUAUUUGUGCACCAAUGAAGUACCAAACGAUAGGCCAAAUGCAAAGGAAAUAUGGCAAUCCCUGCAAAGAGAGAAAGAGACUACACAAAGUGAUUGACCCCAGGUUUUAACUACAUUUAUAUACUGGAAAUAAACAGAAUUCAAAA